AUGACCCGCCUCUCCCUCGCUCAAACGGUCCCAGCCGAACUCCUCACACGCAUCUUCGGCUGGCUCGUGGCAAGUCCACCCCAUGGAGACGACGGUGGUCCUCCUUUCAGCGGGUGUCUCGUCACCUGGCCGUCUAGCUCAAGAUCGUUGGGUCUUUGUUCGGCGGCACUCGUCUGCCGCAAUUGGGCGGGCUUGGCACAACGCGCCCUGAUGUGCUCCAUCGACUUCUCGACCAUCAACAAGAAGGCUCUCGCCGCCACACUUCAAGCGCGUCCCGACCUUGCUCGUGCCGUACGAGCGGUCGACCUUGGUGUCGAGCCUUGCCCAGAGCUUGCAACGGCGUGGUCUGCCCUGGCGACCUGCUCGGGCAUACGGCACGUGCUGAUGAGUGGGAUCCCACGCCAGGACUACCAUCGGAUUGUCAAUCUCCUGCACAGCCUGGAGCUCGAGACGCUGCUCGCAGCCCGCAAUUUGGACCACGAUUGCGCGUUUCUUUCGCCGGACGACCUCGUUGUUCUGAGCCGCAAACCAUCCAUGCGAUGCCUCGACAUAAUGGGAGACCCCGAAGGCCAGCCAGGAGAUGUCCCGCGAGAUGGCCAGUCGGGCGGCGACUCGUUCUUGUCGAGUGCCUCUUUCGACUUGUGCCACCUGCCAAUGUCCUGGGCAUGCCCCCUUCUUCGCGCUGCGUCCUCGACUCUCCGGCGUGUCGUUCUCGCUCAUUGGCAGCCUUUGACGUUCGAGGGCAUUGGCGUCGUCCUUCUGUCGCUCGAACAACUAGAGGAACUGGCCGUCGACGUUGAGCACUGGAGUGACCUGCCUAUUGACCCUUGGUUCGACGACGUUCUUCCCCGACUCAAGACGCUCGUACGACUCUCGGUUUCGUCCGGAUUCGCCCGGCCCAGUAUCAUUCGUUCCGCGCCGCCCACCCUCAAGGACCUGAUCUACGAAUGCAACGAGAUCUCCCUCGCGCCAUCUUUAGAAGCUUUCACCUCGCUUCUGUCGACGGAGAACAAGCCCUUGCCCGUCAACAAAUUUCGCGUCGCGGCCUACUUUGCGGAGGAACGCCUGACGACAAGUCAUCCGGUUCAAGAGGCCGUCAAGGCACUGGGUGAUGUCUGCGCCGCCAGGAGUAUGGAUUUCUCCCUUGCCCUCGACUCAAGUCUGCACGACAUUCCUCAGAUACGCCACAUCUCCUUCUUCUGA